UCUGUAAUUACGGAUUUAAAAGUUAAUUCUGUAAUUUUGGUCUUCAGACAGUCAGUCUGCUAAAUGUGCCUUUGUUCUGUUGUUUAAAUUAUUUUAUUGGCAAUUGGUUUUAGUUUAUAUAGACUUUACUCAUUUUACUGUUUAUUUAUAGUAGUCUAAUGACUGAAUGACAGAACUGCAGUCUGCAGAAUGGUAAAACCUUGAAUAUUACAAUAUACUGAUAUAGUAUGAAGUGCAGUGCAGUAGACUAUGAGGAAUGAUGGAGUAUGAAAAACUCAUUGAGGAUCCCUUAUUGAAGAGAGCCUUUCAUGCAUGGUGGAUUUAUAAUAACAAUAUAUAUCUUCAUGGUGGUGUUGACAAAUACAACAGUUUAAAGGAACCAUUUGAGGAUGUGGUGGAAAUACAAUUACCAUCUAAAUCUGUUCAACCGGCCAAAUGCAAAAAUUUUGGUCCAAGAAAAUCUCAUCACAGAGCCAUUAUUAUUGAUGAAAAAUGGGUCUGUCUUAUCGGAGGUUGGGAUGGACGACAGAGAACAUCGACAGUUCAUGCAUUGAAUAUGGAAACAUUUGAAUGGACAAAUUUAUCUGUUGAUGCACUGUGCUCACCUCCAGUUGGGUUAAGCGGUCAUACCUGUACAAAAGUUGGCCUCCGAGAAAUUAUCAUAAGUGGAAGAGAAGGUGGAGUAAGAAUGCAACGUCGAUAUGGUAGUGUUUAUAAGCUUACUGUCAAUAUUGAGAAUUUGUCAUACAAUUAUAAGGAAUUACCAAUACAUAUUUCAUCAAGGUCUGGUCAUGUUUCUUGUUUACUUGAAAAAAAUUCAAUGUUGAACCUAAUUGUGGGAGGCGGUAGGGAUUCUGACUCUGCAGAAAUAGUUGGAACGUGGCCAAAGAAACAAAUAAAUUUUUCACAUAAUGUUCAUGAAUUGGAACUGAGAUUAAAAGCACAUUUGCCUUCUCAGAGAGUGGAAACCCAAAAGAGGCCAGUUGCUAAUUUAUUGAUUCCCACCAAACCACGUAGUCUUCGCUACCAUGCUGCAAUUGAAGCGGGUUGCUUAUGUCUUGUACAUGGGGGAGAAGUAUUUGGAAGAGCCCGCGAUACAAUUUCGGGAGAUAUUUUUGUCCACAACAAUGUUGCAAGCAAGUGGUGGGUAAAAACUUGUACUGCACCAAUAUUGAAAAGAAUGGGACAUAGUCUGUGGUAUGAUGAUGGAUAUUUAUAUAUAAUAUCAGGCAUUGGUAGUAAUGGUAAAAUACCUGAUGGCUCUGUUGUUUCUAUUCCACUUUGAUCAGUUGAAUCUCUACUGUCAUCUGUUUUAAAAACAUCGAUCUCAUUUACAAGCAUCCUUUUAUGUUCAGAAUGUACUGUAAUGCUCAAAAAAUGUAAUGUGAAUGAAUUAGGAAUAGAAACUACGCUAUAUCAUUCAUGUCAUUUCAAAUAUGCUAGAUGCUAAAAAACCAUCAAGUCAAUACAUAAAAUGUAAUACGAACCACAAUAUGUGUUUUAUUCGAAUUUUUCAAGAUGAGUUGAUUUUUAUCGCAUUUCUUUAUUUACACAAAUUCACUGUAGUGUUAACGACUAUUUAAACAUCUAGGUUUUUACUGUUUUAUGCGGUGUGAUACUGGGUUUUAUUUCACCUAUUUUAUUCAAAUAUCUAUACAAUCACUGUACUUCUUUUCAG